UCACCUGGCGUGGAGGGCAACCUGUCAGGGCUGGUGCCUGCUGCAGGGCUGGUGCCCACACUAACCCGAGCUGUGACCCUUGGGCUGAUGGCCGCCUACACCAUGCUGUACGGCCUGCUCUUCCUCUCGGUCUAUGCCCAGCUCUGGCUAGUGUUGCUGUAUGGGCACAAGCAGCUCAGCUACCAGACAGUAUUCCUGGCCCUGUGCCUGCUCUGGGCUGCCCUGAGCACCACCCUCUUUUCCUUCUACUUCCGAGACAUGGAUCUGGCUAACCGCCUGGGGCCCCUGCCCUUCUGGCUGCUCUACUGCUGCCCUGUGUGCCUCCAGUUCUUCACCCUCACACUCAUGAACCUCUACUUUGCCCAGGUGGUGUUUAAGGCAAAGACAAAACAGCACCCAGAGAUGAGCCGGGGCCUGGCUGACCUGGUGAAUGACCUAGGGGACAAGGGUUACCUGGUCUUCAGCCUCAUCCUCUUCGUGUGGGAGCUGCUGCCCACCACCCUGCUCGUUGGCUUCUUUCGGGUACACCAGCCCCCGCAGGACCUGAGCACCAGCCGAAUUAUCAGCGGGCAAGUCUUCAGCUCCCAUUCUUUCUUUGACCGGGCUGGGCAUUGUGAAGAUAAGGGAGGACCGUGGGAGCACAGCCGGGGAGAGAGCACCAGCCUGUCAGGGAGCCUGGGGGCUGGCAGCUGGUACGGUGCCAUUGGGCGAGAGCCUAGCUGGUGUGGGAGCAGUCAGAGCCGAUGUGCUCCACUCCUCUUCUCCCAGGUGGCUGGGACUUCUGGCCACCAUCACCACAGCCUCUACUCCACCCCGCAGACAUGA